UUCUUUUUCUUUUUUUUUUUUUUUUUAAUCUUGUACAUAGUAAGGAAAAUAAAAUAAUGGACGGUCUGCUUUCAGAAAAAGAUAUUGAAAAUGCACUGGAAAAACUUACAGUCGAGGAAGAGAAAUUAGACCAAGCAAUUGCUACCGAACAACAAGAAGAAAUAGACACAACCUCAUUCAUUAGAAAUAAGAGUAGUGUUUCUCAAAGUGACCAUGCUAAAAAGAGAAGAAGUUUGGCAACGUAUAACCAACAUGUUGGGAUUCAAAAUUCUCAUAUCCAACCCACCGACGAUAUUUUUAACUCGAACGAUCCACGCCUUAAAGAGGAUAUCAUCGCUAUAAUCAUGCAAUAUUUACAAGAUGAAGGCUACCAUGCUUCCCAGUCAGUUCUAUAUGAUGAAACCAAUGUUAAAUGGAAAGAAAGGGAAGAGCGUACAUUAGAAGUAAAACGUCUAAAGAAGGCGAUUCUUGACGGUGAUUGGCAAGAAGUCGAGAAAUUAUGCACAAAACCUUUGGUCAAGAAUCAUCGAUCAUUUCUUUAUUCUGUCUACAAACAACAAUAUUUGGAAUACUUGGAGAGACGUGAAAUCCAAAAAGCAUUCACAUUUUUAAACAAGCGAUUAAAGCCACUUGAACAUUUUCAGACAAAACCUAAUGAAUUUAAGGACAUGUGCUAUUUAUUGACAGCCAAAUCUAUCCAUGAAGCACCCAGUUUCAAAAAUUGGGAAGGUAUUAUGGCUUCAAGAGAAGGCUUGGUAGAUCAGCUUCAAAGCAUGUUGGAAUUUGAAACUGCCGAUCGCACUGGAAAUCGUCAUAUACCACCUGAUCGUCUAUUGGCUUUGCUUCGUCAAGCGGUUGCCUAUCAAAUUGAAUUUUCUCGUUAUCAUCCAAAGAUUGCUCCUACCGUAAACUCGUUGUUGGAUGACUAUACUAGUUUUGUGAUACCCAAUGCAGUAGGUGCUACUUUGACAGGUCAUCAAGGUAAUGUCAAAUGUAUAGAAUUCAUUGGUGAGGAAGGAAAGAAGAUUGUGUCAGGUUCAAGUGAUAAUACACUUCGUAUUUGGGAUACGGAAUCUGCAAAGUGUCUGGAUGUUUUGCAUGGCCAUCGUUCACGUAUUUGGGAUCUCUCCACCACUCAUCAAGGUGAUUUCGUUGCUAGUGCUAGUGGUGAUUCAACUGUCAAGAUUUGGAACCUGAAGAACGCGAAAGCUACUUGUGCAGCGACAUUAAAUGGCCAUGCCGGUGAUGUCUAUUCAGUUAAAUAUCAUCCCAACGAGAGCCAUUUAGUAACGGGUGGAUAUGACAAGACUGUUCGAUUAUUUGAUGUCAAUACCGGUGCUAUCAUAAAGACAUUUCCAGGCCAUCAAUUGGCUGUUACAAAAACCAUCUUUAAUCCUCUUGGUAACUUGGUAAUUAGUGGGUCCAAGGAUAAUACCAUUAAGUUUUGGGAUAUCGUGUCAGGUUUAUGUAUUCGUACAAUUUCUUCUCAUCUUGGCGAAGUGACAUCCGUUGAGAUGAACUCUAGCGGAACUCUAUUGUUAAGUAGCUCAAAGGAUAACUCGAACCGUCUUUGGGAUGUUCGUAUGGUUCGCCCCAUUCGUAAAUUAAAGGGUCAUCAAAACACAUCCAAGAAUUUCGUAAGAGCCAAAUUUGCGGAUAAUAAUUUGAUUGUGGGAGGAAGUGAGGAUGGUAUUGUGUAUAUCUGGGAUCAAGAAACAGGCGAAGUUCUGCAAAAAUUACGUGGUCACCAAGGUGUUGUAUAUGACUCUGCAUGGAACGCUAAGCAGGGUAUGCUUGCAAGUUGUAGUGAUGACCAAACGGCAAAAGUAUGGUGGUAUGAUGACGCUGUCCCUCUGGAAAUUUAAAUACAAGAUACCUCUAAAUAAAAAAAGAAAAAACAUUUUUUUAUUAUUAUUACAAUUCUAUAAUUUUAAUUUAUUUUGUCAAUGGUAGGUAUGCGACGUUUAUAAAGACCGGCUUUAUAUAUAGCCAUGGAUAGUAUAGAUAGGGCACCGAUACCAAGAACUAUACCUAUACGGAA